GCCAUGCUGGGCGGCUGCCGGCGGGCGCUGCCCGCGGCGCUGGGCCGGGCGCUGCAGGGCCGGGCGGCGGGGCCGGGCCGCCGGGCCGUCAGCACCAGCUGGUGCCCCGUGGGCAGCGCCUUCGACGCGAAGCAGCAGCAGCAGCAGCCGCUGCGCGGCGGCGCGGCGGGCAGGGAGACGGGUCUGUUUGGUGUUCCAGAACUGAGCUGUCCAGAAGGAUUUCAGGAAGCACAAGACAAAGCAUUGCACGAAUCAGAACAGCUAGUACAGAAGGCAUGUUCAACACCACCUGGGCCAGAGACUGUAAGGAUCUUUGAUCAGCUUUCAGAUAGCUUGUGCAGAGUAGCAGACUUGGCUGAUUUUGUGAAAGUUGCCCACCCUGACUUUGCAUUCAGAGAGGCUGCUGAAGAAGCUUGCAGGAACAUUGGUACUGUGGUAGAGAAAUUAAAUACAGAUGUUGAACUGUGUCAGAGUUUAAGACGUCUGCUAGCUGAUGAAAGUGUUACGAGUUCCCUAGAUCCAGAAACCAGGCGAGUGGCAGAACUUUUUAUGUUUGAUUUUGAGAUCAGUGGCAUUCAUUUGGAUGAAGAAAAGCGUGAAAAGGCAGUUGACCUCAACGUCAGAAUAUUGGAUUUAUGUAAUGAGUUUCUGAUAGGAACUCAUCUUCCCAACAAGAUUGACAAACAUGUUUUGCCAGAGCAUAUUCGUUAUAAUUUUAUAGCCGAAGGCAAUUACUUACAAGUUGCUGGUCUGCAUGCUGAUUGUCCUGAUGAUCUGGUGCGAGAAGCUGCUUACAAGAUUUUUCUUCACUCCAAUGCUCAGCAGUUGAGCCGCCUGGAGGAAUUGCUUGCUAGCCGAAACAGUCUGGCGCAGUUGGUUGGGUAUGAGACCUUUGCCCACAGGGCUCUUCAGGGUACAAUGGCCAAAAAUCCAGAGACAGUAAGACAAUUUCUGGAGAAGCUUUCUGACCAGUUGUCUAAAAGAACUCAAAAAGACUUUGAAAUGAUGACAAAGAUGAAAAUGAAGCUCAACCCCCAGAAUUCAACGCUGAUGCCUUGGGAUCACCCUUACUACAGUGGUGUCCUUCGUGCUGAGAGGUACAACAUUGAUCCUGGCUUGUACUGUCCAUUUUUCUCUCUUGGGGCAUGCAUGGAAGGUUUGAACUCUUUGUUCAGUCAGCUGUUAGGAAUCUCCCUUUAUGCUGAGCAGACAAAGAGAGGAGAGAUUUGGUCUGAAGAUGUUCGAAAGUUGGCUGUUGUUCAUGAAACUGAAGGUUUGCUAGGAUACAUCUAUUGUGACUUCUUUCAACGACCUGAUAAACCACAUCAGGAUUGUCACUUUACAGUUCGAGGAGGAAGGCUAAGGGAAAAUGGAGAGUACCAGCUACCUGUUGUUGUUCUUAUGCUUAGCCUUCCCCAUUCAGCAAGGGGUGCACCAACACUAUUAAGUCCUGGCAUGAUGGAGAAUCUCUUCCAUGAAAUGGGACAUGCUAUGCAUUCUAUGCUGGGAAGAACUCGGUACCAGCACGUCACUGGGACCAGAUGUCCUACUGAUUUUGCUGAAGUUCCCUCAAUUCUGAUGGAGUACUUUGCAAAUGACUAUCGAGUGGUUAACCAGUUUGCAAGGCAUUAUAAAACAGGACAGCCACUACCCAAAAACAUGGUGUCAAGACUGUGUGAGUCCAAAAAGGUGUGUGCUGCAGCUGAUAUGCAACUCCAGGUGUUUUAUGCUGUCUUGGACCAAAUCUACCAUGGUAAACACCCUCUAAAAAAGUCAACCACGGAAAUUUUAAAGGAGACACAGGAGAAGGUUUAUGGUUUGCCGUAUGUACCCAAUACAGCUUGGCAGCUGCGAUUCAGUCAUCUUGUGGGCUACGGUGCCAAAUAUUACUCCUACCUCAUGUCUAGGGCUGUUGCCUCUAUGGUGUGGAAACAGUGUUUUGCUCAGAACCCGUUUGAUAGGGCAAUGGGAGAGCGUUAUCGUAGAGAGAUGCUGGCACACGGCGGUGGAAAAGAGCCCAUACUGAUGGUUCAAGGUAUGCUUCAGAAAUCACCUUCAGUUGAAGAUUUUGUGGAUGCCCUUGUUUCAGACUUAGACCACGACUUCGAAACGUUUAUCAUGGACUCAUAAAAAUGUUCAGCAGAACUGAAUUCUUUUAUGGAAGAUUGCAUAUGUCUUCAUAAUUGUGGGUAAAAUAUUGUUGUGACUGGUUUUGCUUUUUUGUGAACACCUGUAAAAGUUUGACUGUUCAUGUUGGUGGAACAGUAAUAAAUACUUUCAUUGGAUCACCUGGUUUCAGUUAUGGAGAUGAUGGUUUUCCAUUGCAUAGGAGCUUAAGCAUGGAAUUUGAGAGAACAAAUCUACUAGAAUGUGCUGUUAGAAAAUUUGGUCUUGUUGGACCAUCUGAGUAAACAGGAAUUGAACUCAUCUUCAGGGUGAGUGGUAUUUAUCUUCAGGGUGAAUGCUCUUUUGGUACACACAUUGAUUCAGUAUUAGGGCUUACCUGUUGAGUGUCAUGACCCAGAACUGUUCACAUGGGUCUUUCUCACAUGUUCAUGGAUUUUCUUUAGCCUUGUUUAACUGUGUUCCUUGCAGGAGUUCUGUGCUGGGGAAAAGCAAAUUGUGUUUGUAACAGAGGCGAAACUGGAAAAAAAGAUGAAGUAGAAAACUAGGAACUGUACUUGAGAUAGGGAACAAAAAGAGUGGAGAAGAAAAACUGUGGUCAUAGAGGUCUGUGAUGGAAAAAAGAGAUAUGUUGCCACACAUAAGAGAGACAAAGGAGUAAAAUGGGUACCCCACAGAUGUUUCGUAGUGGAGAAUAAAAUGUAAGGUGGCCAUGCUUUUAUAGCUGCGAUGAUCCAUUGGGUGCACAUGUGGCCAUGUUUUUAAGUAAAAAUAGUAUGGUUAGAGGAGGAAUGGAAUUUACAGUGUGCCAUAAAACUGGUCUUGCUAUUGAAUUAGUAGUUUUUAAAUAUCCAACAGAAUUGGAAUUUUACUUCCUGGGCUCAUCUCUUGCAGAUCUUCCUCUGAGCUUCAGGCAUCUGCAGUUGUUUUCUGAGUAUUCUCCUAUUAACUGUGUCCUUUUAUCUGUUACCUGAAUGUGUUUGUUUUAUUGUGUAGUGUGGAUUAGUUUUGACCAUUUUACUUUAAGGGCUUUACUGGGUGAAGUAGUAUCAUAUUUUGGUGAAUAUGGAUCUGCAGGCAUUUUGAGGAUUACAUUGCAGAGAACAAUGGCUAUUGAAAAUAUGUUGGCAAUGUUGCUGCGUAGAUAUGGCCUGAAUCUGGUCCCUGCAUGUUUGUUCACAUGGAGUUUCCUUUUAAUGAUAAGUGGACAGGUGUGGGGAACUGUUUGAAGUACAGGAGGGCAGGUUUUGGAGGGGGUACAAAAUAAUUCAAAAAGAAGGCUGGAGCAGCUUAAGGUUGCACAUUAUAUAGUGGGUGAUGAGCAACGGGAAUGUUAUCAGUGAGGCUUUCUUUUUCCCUUUAAGUAAAUUAUGAAAUGGUAUUGAAUGUGUUUUGAAAAAAAAAGAAAAAUGAUGAAUUUUUCUGUAGAAAUGGCCUUGUCGUUUAGAGUUCCUCUGUAGGUUGUUGCAAAAGGUAUCAUAAGUGUUCUGCUCAGCGGAAAUGCAGUGAAAGAAGCAAGAGAGGAAGAAAACCAAGACUGAGAGAUGAGGGCAAAUAACUUGGGAGAGAAGCAAGUAAAGAAUAAAGAUUAGAACAACUCAGUCAGAAAAAGCGGAUGUUUGGGAAGGGAUAAAUAAGAAUGAGAACUGAUUGGAUGAUGCACCCCUUUUUUAGCAGAGUCUGUGCUAUUGGGUAUCAUUUGAUAUUUUACCUGAUUUUUUGCACUGCCUGUUUUUGCAAGGUGAAAACUAUCUUAUAUGUAUAGCACUAUCAUUCUAUUAGAACUGGGUUUAGACAUUUUUAGAUAAGAAAUGUUUUGAUUAAAUCAUAGUUGGCAUAUUUUCAGGCAUGCCACAACAAGGCUUCUGGCUUGUAUGGCUGACUGACUAGAUUCUGUAUCUGCAGUUGGUCCCUAAGAAGAAAGAAUUAAUGGUUUUGCUUAACAAACUAUGUGGGUAUUUUGCUGUAAAUUAAGUGAUUAAAAAAACCACAAAAACUAAAUGUAAAUUUAAGUGUCAGUAAAAACAUAUUGUGAAGAUGGGAAGUUCUGUAAAGGAUACAAUAGCUGAUGAAUGUAAAUUUAACAAUCCCUAGGAGAGUAUUUAAUGGAACUGUGUUUUAAAGGGAAUUCAAGGGUGUUGCUUAGGGAGCCUUAUGUUGUUUGUCACCUGAUUUUCGUACUGGAACAAACUAACAAUUAUGUUUAUCUGGAGUUGGCAUAUGUUGAAAGAUUUGUUGUGACAAAAAGAACUUAGCCAAAGGAAAUCCUAGUGCUGACAAGGCACUACAGUAAAAUAAAUAAAGCAUCAUAAUUGGCGGAAUAAGCAAAGCAUUUAAAAUUAGGAGAUUGCCCCUACAUUUUAAUUUGAAAGAAAUUCAAGUGAUGUUCGUUCUAGUGUGCAGAUACUUUAUCAAAAUAUAUGUAGUAGUUGCAUUGUUUUAUGCUCAUGGAUGCUAUUACUUCCUUAAUUCACCAUCUCAUUUGAUCCUUCUGUAAACAGCAGUCUUUUCAAGGUUUUGUCAGAGUGGCAUCAAACAACAUUUUCCUAAUAUGAAACCAGAUAUAGACAAAGAAGGAAAGAAAAUCUUGUCUUGUGCCAGAGUACGGUGGAUUGUAGCUUAUUGUCACAGAUUUAUAGCUCUUAGGACAUCUGACAAAGAUGGGAGCUGGUAGAAAAAUAAAUAGAACGAUGGCUUCAGUUUUUUUGCGAAGAAA